AUGAAUCAUUCCAAUGUUCUGCGGUCAAUUAAGCACUUAAUUCAAAAACCUGGAAAAGAUAAAACAAAAAUCGGGCCAGUUGCAGUUUACAAAGCCUGUAACAAAGAAAUCGCGCGCCAAAAAUGCGAAAAGAUAGCUGCAAUCAUACGAAGCUUCCCACCAGAAGAAGCGAUAGCAUCGAUUAAAUUAACGCUUUUACAAGGCAAUUCUGCGCUUCAAUGGAUUAUGGUCAGCCCUGGUUCUGCAAUUCCAUCAUCAUCCAGAAAACUAUCUAAACACCGUCGUCGGACUUACAAAAAUUCAAAGAAACAGGAAGCAGUUCGAAAUGCUCCUCUCAACCUAAUUGAUGGAUGGCCAUUUUGUCUACUACCUCCUUCGGAUUAUUUUUCUGACUAG